AAAAAAGAAAAAAGAAAACGACUCCCGUACGUCCCGGGUGCCGUAAAGGGCAGCCUGGCUGGGAAUACGAACAGCCCGCUUGCACGGAACACAAGGUCCCUCCAGCCAGUUAAACACGCUCCACUGGAGUCGACUACGCGUCUUGUCCCCGCCCUCCGACGAAGCACAGUAUCCGUCCUCAUCCACGCCGCGUGAUGCCCCUCAUAUCCACGCAGAGCCGCCCGUGGAAUUGUAGUAGUAGUAGUAGCAAGACUGCGCCUCUCACCUUUUCAUCCUUUUCGUUCAUGGAUUCGCCUUUUUUCUGGAAUAUUGCUCCAUCCCAUCGCGAGUGAGACGCCGUGAAUCCUAAGAGGGGAAGUCUCCGGACGGGGAGGCAAGAUGGCGUCCAACCACAUCCUGCGCAGUUACUCCAUCAUCCCGUGUUUCAUCUUCGUAGAGCUCGUCAUCAUGUCCGGCACGGUGCUGCUGGCCUACUACAUGGAGUGCACGGACCUUUUCAGCGUGCACGUGCAGGGAUUCUUCUGUAAUGAUGCUGAGCUGAUGAAGCCGUACCCCGGGACGGAAGAAUCCAGCUUCGUACCCCCCCUCAUCUUGUACUGUGUGGUGGCUGCUGCUCCAACUGCUAUUAUUUUCGUCGGGGAGGUGUCCAUGUAUGCCAUGAAAUCUACGAGGGAAUCGCUCCUCGCCCAGGAGAAGACCAUCGUAACCGGCGACUGUUGUUACCUCAACCCGCUUAUCCGCCGCAUCAUACGAUUCAUAGGCGUGUUCGCAUUCGGCCUGUUUGCCACAGACAUCUUUGUCAACGCCGGCCAGGUGGUCACAGGAGGUCUGUCGCCCUACUUCCUGUCGGUGUGCAAACCCAACUACACGGGCACAGAGUGUCGUUUGAACCACCAGUUUAUCGUCAACGGCAACAUCUGCACCGGAAACCCCAUCGUUGUGGAGAACGCCCGUCGAUCUUUCCCGUCCAAAGACGCCUCGCUGAGUGUUUAUUCUGCUGUUUACCUGACGAUGUACAUUACCAGUACCAUCAAGACCAAGUCCAGCCGCCUUGCCAAACCCGUACUGUGUCUGGGGACUCUGUGUUCAGCCUUCCUUACAGGACUCAACCGGGUCUCAGAGUACCGAAACCACUGUUCAGACGUCGUGGCUGGAUUUAUACUGGGAUCGGCGGUCGCACUCUUUCUGGGCGUUUGCGUUGUGAACAACUUCAAAGGCGUCCACGGUGCGACAACCAAACAGAAGAGCGAAGAUUACCGCGGCCUCCCCCUGAUGACUUUCCCUCGUGUGGAGAGUCCUCUGGAGACCCUCAGCGCACAGAACCACUCGGCAUCAAUGACGGAGGUCACAUGACUAAGGGGGCAGCACCGGGUCACGUUUGCGUCUCCACAGCACUUCCAGACACAAUGAUAAGGACGCAUGUGGCGUGGCUUCGAUUGCUUAACAAAAAUCAAACACUGAUAUAUCUGUCUAGUUCACCCCCCUCCCCCAACCCGGCGGGGACAAACUCCACCAUGUUUGUGAUGGUUCACGUCGGGGUUACGUAUUCCAAAACAAGCACAGAUUGUUUCCUCAUAUUCCUACAAGUCAUUGCAACAUGGGAGGUGUUGUGUUUUUCGUUGGAGGAUGGUGUUUUGCACAUUUUGUAUAAGCGAUUGCUGUUAUCCUACCCUGACCGUGUUUCACCUGCACACAUGUGUGUUACAUCACAUCCUGUCAGGUGACUUUCCUCCGAUCACCUUGUCUCAACUCCCACUCCCCCCCAAGUCUGAAAAUUUGCUAUGUAAAAUUAGCAAUUUUGAUGUUGUCAUUCUGUGAUGUUUGUCAUUUGUACAGAAAAAAAAAAUCCCAGAUAGAAUUGUUCUUUUUAUGAUGGCUGUGUAUGAAUUGACCGUGUCGGGUCAUAUUUUGUAAAGAUUUUUGUUAAUCUGUUACUAUUACGAUCCUUUUUGGACCUGUUUGCCUGCUGUAAACUUGGAUAUGUUUUGGUAUCAUAGUGGGGACACAUGGAGUGCUGGAUCAGCCACAUGUAUGUGUCCUGAUUCUUGGUUUUCUUUCCGGGAAAUUCUCUUCAGAGAUGAUCUGCUGGGCUAGCCUGUGCCACAACACUCAAUCCAUAGAAGCAACAUUACUACUACUCUGACAUACAAGGCUACUAUUCCCUUCUGAAUGUCGCCCCAUUUGUCAGGAACAUGAUAGAGACUUAAAUAUUCAUUCAUUCAUUUUCUACCGCUUAUCCACACGAGGGUGGGGGGGGGGUGGUUGCUGGAGCCUAUCCCAGGGCAGCGUACACCCUGGACUGGUGGCCAGCCAAUCACAGGGCACAUAUAGACAAACAACCAUUUACACUCACAUUCAUACCUAUGGACAAUUUGGAGUGGCCAAUUAACCUAGCAUGUUUUUGGAAUGUGGGAGGAAACCGGAGUACCCGGAGAAAACCCACGCAUGCAAACUCCACACAGAGAUGGCCGAGGGUGGAAUUGAACUCGGGUCUCCUAGCUGUGAGGCCUGCGUGCUAACCACUCGUCCGCCGAGCAGCCCCCACACUCAAAUAUAUGAACAAUUAUGGAUGGGACAUCCUGGUGAGAUGGAAUUCUAUCGCGUUGCUCACCUUUUUGAUCAAAGUGCUGGCACUCGCAACUUUCUUUGGCCCAAUGGCUGGGCAAUAAAGUCAAAUCAAUAAAAAAUGCAGACACAUGAGUCAGCAACGCUUUGUUUGGGCACUGGAUAUGGCAGAAUGAUCCAGUACAGCGCCAACGGAUUAGUUACAUGCUAUAUCGCACAAAAAAAAACGAGACAGUGUAUGAAAAUCAGGGUCAAAUUUUUGAUGAAACUCGAAUCAUACGAUGUCCCAGGUGGAGGAAUCUCAGGGUCUUACUGGUCGAUUUAUGUUUCCACCUUAAUCUACAAAUCUACGGAUAUGAGGUUCGUGUCGUGAUAGAAGGAAUAAGAUUGCGAAUGUAUGCAGCCGAAAUGAGCUUCUACCUUAGGAUGGCCAAACUCACCCUAAGAGGUCUCUGUCACCCGAGAGGAGCUCACAUUGAGAAGGGCCAGUUGAGGUGGCUUGGGAAUCCAGUCAAGAUGCCUCCUGGACACCACCCUGGCGAGGUGUUCCGGCCAUGCCCAACCAAAAGGAGGCCAUGUGUCAGACCUAGGAGAAGUUAUCCAUUCACUUGUAGAAAAAUAAAGUGAAUUCUCCUCUCAUUCGGUGUGGAAGUGGUAAGGUUCAAGAAAUGUGUGUUUUCCACACUUUCGUUUGUCACACAUAGCAUGCAAACUCCACACAGAGAUGGCCGAGAAUGGGAUUGAACUCGGGUCUCCUAGCUGUUAGACCCCACCACUCGCCCGCCGUGCAGCCCUGCAAAAUCUGGUGCCAAAUCUGGUGGAUUGGAGGAUUAAAGUUGUCAAUAAAAUCAGCCAGGAGCUUCAACAGUUCAAGGAAAAACCACACAACACAACCUGGAACUGUCAUGGUUUUGUUGAUCACCCUAACAUGAAAAGCACACACUUUCAUCGAAGUAUUGGAUUGAAAUGAGGGUUGUUGACAGACCCUUCUAAUCCCAAACUAUGGGCCAGGUAGGUAGGGGGACCAGCCAAAACUGAACCAGCAACCUUCAGGAUGGGAGACAACCACUAUCACAUGCGGAGGAGCAAUCGCGUGAAAUAUCGUGGGAAAUAAGUUUCGCACACAAAAAACUGCUUUUCAUUACAAAAAUGCAUGAUUCUAGCAAAUGGGGCAACGCUUAAAAGGGAAAAUCAUCUUCCCAAUCACAAUGAACCCAAUGUCUGUCUAAAAAGGCCUGGCUAGCCCUGUGUUUUUGUUUUUAUUUCCAAACGUAAACCAGGCUAACAAGCGCUUCACCUUUCCUCCUUGAGGUCUCCCUCCCCCACCCACCAGUGGAUUGUGAUGCAAUGUUGUGACUCCAUUUCCUAUUGGAAGAAAAACGCCCAGCAUGAAGAGAGAAGUCAAGAUGUUUUAUAAAUAUUCAUGAUUUGAAUUAUACUCUUUAAACAUUUGUGAUUAUAUGUCUUUUAUGAUGAGUUUAAAAAAAAAACAGUUUCAUUUAAAAUGCUGCAUAUAUUUUAUUUUCUUGGUUUGUUCUCAAAUUAAAUCGUCUGUAGCAACCCUUUGUGUGUUCGUCUUUUUUUAAGGCAUUCAAUAACAAACAUAAAAAUAAUAUUUCAAGUCUACAGACAAAAGUAAUUUUACUUCCAAUUGUCUUCUGUCGCAUUUUCAAAACAAAACACAAAUUCUAUGAAAUUUAAAGCUGGAUUAGUCUGAAAUGUUUCUGCAUGUGAUUGUAUAAUAUACUGUACAGCUAAACCUCCAGUUAUUCCAAUUUGGAGUUAAAGAGUCUUUUUUAUUUGUUGAAUGGUUAUCUACCAGCCCGAAAGAACAUGUGUUGUUUUUCUUUAAAGGUGAUCUAUUAUGCUCAUUUUUGGCCUUUUGUAUUGAGUUGUGGACUCCUAUAGAGCAGUUACACACAAUAGAAAGAUCUUCCAGAAUCUGCACCUAUUCCAGCUGUAUUUCCUUGUAUUGCCAAAAAGGUCUGUUUUACAAACAAACCAAUGAACCACAGAUGAAAGACUCUGAUGAGAUCUCUCUUCCCUCGGCAGACCCGCGGAUGCUAUUGGAAAUAAACGGGAGCGCUAUUGACACUUUAGCGUCAGGUCAUGGAAGCUCACAGCAAGAAAAUAAGACCCUGAUUGGGUAAACGGGUGAAAAAAUCCA